GACCCCGACGCAUGUAACCCCAUAUACAGAAGGAUGCCGUACGGUAGCCAGGUGCAUGCACCAAUCCCCGAGCGGCAUAUAAGGCCAUGAGGGUACCACGGCGCCGAGGAGGACGGAUUGCAGUUCCGUGAGCGAUCUUUGCCUAUCAUCCGUCUCCACACACGCAAAUUGAGUUAAACACUGCUCUCCACCUAACAAGAUGACCACUGGCGCCCGCCCCAAGGAGGAAUAUGUGGCAGAGCCCCAGCUUCUUCCGGCAUGGGUGAACCCGGACCUGGAUCGUCUCAUGGUCGUGCACAAGGAAAGGGACGGCAGCUACUUCCGGUCGUGGGCCGAGUCCAAGGUCGACUUGCCCGCUGGAGCCGUCUUUGCCCGCAUCAACGGUAUAACACCUACUUCCCAGCAGGACUACGCCACGGUGCAGAGUGGGCCCAACACGCACUUUGUCUGGAACUCCGAUCUCUACUACUGUAAUCAUUCCUGUGCGCCCUCGCUCGAAUGCGACACGUCGACAUGGGAAAUGAGGGUGAGUCGCGACAGGCCGCUCAAGAAGGGCGACGUAUUAUCGGUGUUUUACCCGAGCACGGAGUGGACUAUGGACCGCGAGUUCGAGUGCUGGUGUGGUGCUGGGGAGGGCAAGUGCUGUGGGAUUAUCAAAGGGGCUAGAGAUAUGAAUGACCGCUGUUUGCAGCGAUUCUGGCUCAACGAUCAUAUCCAUGCGCUGCGUAAACGGAGGGCAAAUAUUCCGCAUUUAUAAAAGAUUACUGGUAGUAAGAUAUAUCAGGUUCGUGUCUCUUGUCUCCCUGCAGCCUGAUCAUAGAUGUAACUGAUCAGUGGAAGCAAUAGAGUUCCAUCUUAACUUUUUUUUAGUUCUCAACUAAUCCGGGGAAAAGUGGAUGGAAAAGGGGGUCUACGGGUAAGCCCUAAGCGGGUCGCAGUGUUAAGAAGGCGGUCAAAAUAAUCGGCAAAAUACAACCAAUGAACUAUAUAUACAGUGUAAAAGUUUGAUUCAAAGCUCACCAAGUGGUCAUAUCAGAAACUGAAUGUAGGUUGUGCUGGUU